AGAGUUAAGAGCGCAGUAUGAAAGUUUGCUUUUCAUUCAAAAUACCCCCGUCAAAUGACCUCCGUGAGUUAUCAGAUCGGCUGAAAUUGCAUAAGCACGCGACACACAAAAACAAUUAUACAACCAGCGCCUGGCCAUCAUGCAGAACGACACUGACCGCGGAAAUCGACCGAGAAAAUGAGACACAGACCCACUCCUGCCGCCGCUGCCGCCGCUUAGGAGUAUUUCCCAACAAUUAGGGUGCUAUUAUAAAAAGACAAACGGGCCGAGCGUCCGCAGAGUUUGCUUGAACGUCGACCAAGAAUGAGCACAAGUGCCGGUGUCCCUCUCGUAGUGUUUGUUGCGGCGGUCUGGGCGGCGGCCCACGCGGCCCACCUAGCGCCGAUGAUGCUGCUGCCCCCGGGGGCCCACAUCAACCAGCUGCUGCCGGUGCUGGACGGGCCGCUGGUGCAGGUGGACGCAGAGCCGGCGCCCUCCACCUACCAAGUGUACCACAACGGCGACGGCGUCAGCUACAGUCACGUGGUCAGCGGCCCGGCGGCCGCGGCCUCUGGCGGCCACUUCUCGGCGCAGCCGGCUGCCUUGGGCACGUACUUCAACUUCGGACGCGGCUACGGCGGCGGCCACGGCCUCGCUGACGGCUACCAGCAGCACGGCAACCUGUACGCGGCGCACGGUGGCGGCAGCGGAGGCGAGUUCAAGAAGGGCGGCGGCGGUCAGCACCACGCUGAACACUACAAUGCUGGGGGCUCAAAGGGCGCCAAGGGGCACAAGGGCAGCAGUGGCUUCCACAAGGGCCAGAGUGGCAAGUUCGACAAGGGCGGACAGAGUGGACACUUUGAAGAGGACGGUGCCAACAAGAAGGGACAAUUUGAGGAAAAGGCGUACUACGCAGGUGGAGAUUCUGGCAGCAAAGGCGAGCAGGGCUCCUCCCACGGCUCAAAGGGCUACCACAAGAAGGGCUCGAGCACCAAGGGCUUCCACAACACGUACCACAAGGACGAGUACAAGAAGGAGCACAAGUUCUACGACGAGGAGCACAAGGAGGGUUUCAACAAGAAGCACGGAGCCGAGGAGGAGCACUUCCAGGAGGCAAAAGGUGGACAUGAGAAGGGUGGCCACCACGCAAGCGGCCACCAGCAGGCCAACCACGGUAAAAAGGGCCAGUUCGCCAAGGGCCACCACCACAACGACGAGAGCGGCCACAAGGGCGAGCACGGCCACGAGGAGUACAGCGGCCAUCACGACGAGUUCGGCAAGAAGGGCGGCCAGAGCGGCCACAGCAGCUCUGGAUAUGAGCACGAGGACGGCGGCUACGGAGGCUUCGUAGGCGGACACUAAAUUCGUCAUUAGUAAUUUUGUACAUAUAUUAUUAUUUAAAUCAUUUUUAAAUUUGUUUGUUCCUGUUCGUCUCCAGUCAACUAAGCGAUUUAAUUGUUAAUUUGCUCGGCAUUUUUGCCAUUUUUGUUUUGCCUUGUUAGUGCUGCCUUUGUUUUGUGAUUUAAAAUAUGAAAUAAAAUAAUUUCACCAUGCACACCA